CGCCGUACGCAUGACAACAGCGGCGUAUCCGGCAGGAGCUGAACCCGCUGUAUUAUUUACUUAGCCUGCUUUGACAAACAGUUAGAAACGCUCAGGGACACGACACGACUGGAGGCAUUCCUGUAAGAGGGGACAGGCGACAGGAGUGAAAUGAAACCCCGAAAGCAGCACGUCGUCCUGCUGUGGAUGCUCAUCUGCUCCGGCCUGACAGAAGGGAUCGAGCCCAUCAGUACCAGCAUAGCGGUGGGCAUGGCUGCGGCUCUGACCGGCUUCUUAGCUAGCUACCCAAAUAUUCUGUACUACUUCCACGAGUGCUGUCGACCCGAGUGGAUCUCAUUCAACAAAACAGGUCUGCAGAAAGACCUUGACAGCAAACUGUUCGGGCAGCACAUCGCAUCACGCAUCGUCCUGAAAGCUGUGAAUGGAUUCAUGAACAACGACAACCCAAAGAAACCUCUGGUCCUCUCUCUGCACGGAUGGACCGGCACAGGGAAGAACUUCGUCAGUAAGCUGAUUGCUGAAAACAUCUACAAAGAGGGAAUGGACAGCAGCUUUGUCCAUGUCUUCACAUCUGAACUCCACUUUCCACAUGCAAGUGAAAUUGAAACCUACAAGUCUCAGUUACAGCAGUGGAUCAAAGGCAACGUCACCAACUGUGCACACUCCAUGUUCAUCUUUGAUGAGAUGGACAAGAUGCACCCUGGCUUGAUCGACAGCAUUAAACCAUAUUUGGACUAUUAUGACAAGCUGGAUGGAGUUUCCUAUAGGAAGGCCAUGUUCAUUUUCCUCAGCAAUGCUGGAGGGGAGAGCAUCAUACAGACAGCUUUAGAUUUUUGGAGAGAUGGACGGGAUCGAAAUGAAAUUGAGCUUCAUGACCUAGAAACUGCACUCUCUUUAUCUGUGUUUAACAACAAGAAAAGCGGUUUGUGGCACACCAGCCUGAUUGACAAGAAUUUGGUGGAUUUCUUCGUCCCGUUUCUUCCGCUGGAGUACAAACAUGUCGUCCAGUGUGCCAUGGCUGAGAUGGAAGCCAGAGGAUUUGACCCAGACAAAGAUGUGGCAGACCAGGUCGCCAAAGAUGUAAUCUACUUCCCCAAAACAGAGCGAGUGUUCUCUGUCAAAGGCUGUAAGACGAUAGAGAGCAAACUGGACUACUACAUAUGAAGCUAGUCUCCAGUGGAAACUACGUGUGAUCACUAUGUGCACUUUCAAAACAAAAAAAAAAAAUAAAUGCAAGACACUUUGGGCCAAAUGACUUUAAGAGGAAGUCGAACUGGCUGAACUCUGAGAAAGUCUUUGUGGAGGUUUGUCUGUCUGACCUUGUGUCCAUGUGGAGAAUAUCAGCAGGCCUUCUCCAAUGUUGCAUCUCACUUACACUGAAUGAAGCGGCUGAUGAGAGCACAGUGGCUGCUGGAUGAAAAAAUAAUAAGAUUGGAAUGCUAUCCUUUGUAACUGAUCAAGGCCUUUUAUAUGUCAACACAAUGCAAGUCUUUAAGACAGUUUUGUUUUCCUGAGAGCUCCUGCACCAUACGCUAAAGACUAACAGUGUUGGGCAAUCAGUACACGUUUUAGCCUUGUUUUUUUUAAGCUGUACUCAUCGGUUUCCUGGAAGCACCUGCCUUAAAUUCUUCUAAUUUCAUAUCUUAUUGUAGAUCUACAGUCACACGUGUACAUGCAUUUCUUUACAGUCAGAUUAUUAGUGUCAGAGGCUGAGGGGGAGUCACCAAAACAGCUGUCACACUAUUCAGAUACACUGUAAAAUGUUGUAUAUUGAAAUUCAUCUUGUUAAAAUGCACAUUUGCCAUGUUUAUCUUCGGAUUUAGUACUGUACAAGUUGUAUAGAGUACUAUUAUGUUAUGACUGCACUACGAUGAGUGUGUGGUUUAGUCUGAAAGCUACAUGAAAUCACAAGAGUUCAUGCAAAAAAAAAUGGUAAAGAAAAAAGUGGAUUUUUAUUCUUAAAUUGUCAUACCUUACAGAAUACAGUUUUAAAUUGGAUUGCUGAAAGGUUGAUCUUCAUAUUUGAUUUUGUAAAAAAAAAAAAAAAAAAAAGACUCCCUCAAAGCAAUCAUCUGUACUGUAUUUGUUUUUUUAAGUGAAAAGAACAUCUUAAAGGGUCUGGUCUUAACUUCAUGGAAAAAUGUUUUUUUUUUUUUUUGUUUAAAAUUUGACAAGACAGUUUUUAAAAUCAUUGCCAUAAAACCCAAACUCUUUUCUACAGUGACUUAAAAGUGGAUUGUGAAAUAACAGUUUGGUGUGCUGUACAGCUAACACAUGCAAGAUCCUCUGCUGUAAUCCCACACCAGAAUAACAAAAUCACAAAUAAAAUGUAAAAUUUC